AUGCCUUCAACAUAUAAGAAGGACAAGCCGUGGGACACGGACGAUAUAGACAAGUGGAAGAUUGAAGAAUUCAAGCCAGAACAUAAUCUUGGUGGCACAUUCGCAGAAGAAUCGUCCUUUGCGUGCUUGUUUCCGAAAUAUCGCGAACUCUACCUGAAGCAGGCCUGGCCGUUGGUGACCAAAGCGUUGGAAAAGAGAGGCAUUGCGUGUACACUCGAUCUGGUUGAAGGUCGUAUGGAAGUGCGCACCACCAGAAAAACUUUUGACCCUGCCGCAAUCCUCGAUGCCCGAGACCUCAUCAAGCUCCUGGCCCGCAGCGUACCUGCUCCACAGGCUAUAAAGAUCCUCCAAGAUGAUAUGGCCUGCGAUGUCAUUAAAAUCAGAAAUCUGGUCUCGAACAAGGAGCGAUUCGUCAAACGCCGACAGCGCCUCCUUGGACCGAACGGCUCCACGCUGAAGGCUCUUGAACUUCUCACCAACACCUACAUCCUCGUCCAGGGAAACACAGUCAGUGCGAUGGGCGGCUAUAAAGGUCUAAAAGAAGUGAGAAGGGUCGUAGAAGACUGCAUGAACAACAUCCACCCUAUCUACCAUGUCAAAGAACUUAUGAUCAAGCGAGAAUUAGCAAAAGACCCUGCCCUGAAGAAUGAAAGCUGGGACAGGUUUCUACCAAACUUCAAGAAGAAGACUCUGAGCAAGAGACGGGUUCCUCACAAGGUUAUUGACAAGUCCAAGAAAAUUUACACGCCAUUCCCGCCGCCUCAAGAGAAGAGCAAGGUUGAUUUGCAGAUUGAAAGUGGUGAAUACUUCCUUGCCAAGCAGGCCAAAGAGAGGGCCCGAGAACAAGAACGGCAGGAAAAGCAGAAACAAAAGAAGGAAGAGCGGCAGCGGCAGCGAGAACAGGCAUUUGUUGCUCCGCGCGAAGAUCUGGUGCAGAAAAAGGCGAAGCGGAAGACUGUGGAUGAAGAUGACGAUUCUAGACCAAAGAAGGUCAAGAAGAUAAAAGGAUAA